UGCGCCUGCCAGCAAGGGGGCGAGAAUGCGUUCGUAGGGGUACUAGCAAACACCUCGUCAAUUUUAGGACUAGCAACAGAAAGAAAAUACGGUUUUUAUCCCCUCAUGUUUGGUGCUUACGUUGCUCCAGAAAGCAAAACACCAAAGUCGUUGUAGGCCAGAGGUGAUUGCCCGCAUCCCGUUGUAAGGUGUAAUUUGGAAAUUACGCCACCACCGAAUAUACAUUGUAUAUGUUCAUAUCUAACGGUUAGCUGACAGGGUACCCAGCACAGCCAUUGGGGCAAUGGCGUUGAAAAGAAUUCAGAAGGAGCUGUCUGACUUGCAGAGGGACCCACCUGCUCAGUGCUCUGCUGGACCAGUUGGAGAUGAUUAAUGUGGGACCCCGAUUUCCAAACGCUAUACAAAUUUUACUUACAUCUGACAAGAGGAUUUUGGACUUCUGAACAACAGUCCAGUUCUUUUUCUCCACAGCCCAGUGUUUCAUUGGCAGGCAACGAUAAUGGGUCCAAGUGACAGCCCUUAUCAGAAUGGAGUGUUUUUCCUCACCAUCCACUUCCCUACAGAUUACCCAUUCAAACCACCAAAAGUUGCAUUUACAACAAAAAUUUACCAUCCUAAUAUUAACAGCAAUGGAAGUAUUUGUCUGGAUAUACUGAGAUCACAGUGGUCACCUGCACUAACAGUAUCAAAAGUAUUAUUAUCAAUCUGCUCCCUUCUUUGUGACCCAAACCCCGAUGACCCUUUGGUGCCAGAGAUCGCUCAUACGUACAAGGCUGACAGGGAAAAGUACAACAAAUUAGCAAGAGAAUGGACCCAGAAGUAUGCAAUGUGAGGUUGCCAGCGAGACGGAAAUCCAAAAGGAGAACAAAAGAAACAUGUUUGAUUGUAACUGGAGGCAUAGGGAAAACAACACGAGACAACAGCUAACCUUUUGGACAAGGCGGCAAUAUCCCGAUGUGCUGAGUUUAUCCGAUGCACUGUCCUUGAUGCAUUUAUGGAUCUCAGCAGGACCUGAAGGGCUCCUGGAAGCACUCGCUUAGCGAAAACCAGACACUACUCACAGCCCAUACGCCAUACUCAAGACUUUAAAUUGUUAUCCUUGCUAUUGUUCUAGCUGCCAUCUUUGUUGCUUUACGUACACAUCUUUCAUUGUCAUGUUGUUUUACUUUGUUGGGUUUUGGAAACCAUCACCUUGAUUUUUGGGGAUGCUGCCUCUGUCCCACCGGAUGUCCUCCUCUCUUACUGCAUUUCCAUGGAUAUCGUGGCCUUUCUGUGUUCUGAUGUUUCGGCCAACGUGCAAUUGAGAUAGAAUGUUCCCAGUUCAACACAAUAAUGGUGCGGUGCUAUUACCAGCAGCUGAUCAAAUGGCACACACAAAUACUACCCCAAGACAA